GAUAUGAUGCAACAAAUAUGAAUUUUCGAUGGCUUGCAAUUAAUAAAAGCAAACUAGUGUCGAAUUUAAGGCCUUACUUUUACUCAAGAUCAUGUCCAUCCUUUCCUUGGCAUAAUUAUGGUCAAAUAUUGAUUGGUAAAGUAGGUGUAGGGGAAAAGAUCAAAACUUGAGUUGCUUGUUAUUUGAGAACAACAUAGGACAUAGUAAAGCCAUGGCAGAAAUCAAGAACCCAUCAGGGACUUCACUCUUGGUACCAUCAGUUCAAGAAUUGGCUAAACAGAAUUUGUCUAGUGUUCCACAAAGAUAUAUUCAGCCUCAACAUGAAGACAUGGUGCUCAUCUCUGAAGAACCUAACAGUACACUUGAGAUUCCAGUUAUUGACAUGCAGAACUUGCUUUCUCAUGAAUCUGGGAGUUCAGAAUUGGAUAAGCUUCACCUUGCUUGCAAAGAAUGGGGAUUCUUUCAGCUGAUAAACCAUGGUGUUAGCUCUUCCUUGGUGGAGAAAGUGAAGUUGGAGAUUCAAGAUUUUUUCAACCUUCCAAUGUCAGAGAAGAGAAAGCUUUGGCAGAGUCCACAACAUGUAGAGGGAUUUGGACAAGCAUUUGUUGUGAGUGAAGACCAAAAACUUGAUUGGGCUGACCUUUUCUUUAUGACCACUCUUCCAAAGCAAUUGAGGAUGCCUCACUUAUUUCCACAACUCCCUCUUCCUUUUAGGGACACUUUAGAACUUUACUCACAGGAAGUUAAAAAUCUAGCCAUGGCUGUUGUUGAACAAAUGGGAAAAGCUCUGAAGAUGGGAGAAACAGAAAUGGGAGAGAUAUUUGAAGAUGGGAUACAGUCUAUGAGAAUGAACUAUUACCCUCCAUGUCCUGAACCAGAGAAGGUUAUUGGCCUCACACCCCAUUCAGAUGGAGUUGGUCUCACUAUACUCCUACAAGUUAGUGAAGUAGAAGGUCUUCAGGUAAGGAAAGAUGGCACUUGGGUUCCUGUCAAACCCCUUCCUAACACCUUCAUUGUAAACAUUGGAGACAUGCUAGAGAUUAUAACUAAUGGGAUAUAUCGAAGUGUGGAGCAUCGUGCAAUGGUGAACUCUGAAAAAGAAAGGAUUUCAAUUGCAACAUUCCACUUGUCAAAACAUGAUGGGCUGAUAGGUCCUGCUGCAAGCUUGGUCACUGAAGAAAGACCAGCACGGUUCAAAAGAAUUGAAUUAAGGGAGUAUUUGGAGAACCUAUUUGGUCGUAAACUUGAAGGAAAAUCAUACAUAGACACCAUGAGAAUAUAGUAUAACUUUUGAAGUGAUUAAGAUCACUGGCGUGUUACUAUUACAUGCCAUUGCUGGAUUAAUUGUUGACCAAGGGCAUCAUGCUUGAUAUAGUUUGCUAUUAUUAUCCUUGUAAUUGAAUUGAAUAUCAUUCAAAUUAUUUAAACUAGAUAUCGAACUCAAAAUUGAAUUGUUCAAACAA